AUGGCUUAUCUGACAAAGAGAUUUCAGAAAAUGAUUCGCAGAAAUGGAGGUAUUCCAAAAAGGGGCAGCUCUAACAAUCUAAGAGGCUAUGACCUAUGCCAUAAGUGUGGGAAGCCAGGAUAUUUCAUCAAGGAUUGCCCCCCUCCUCAAGAAAGAUCACAAGCUCUUGCUGCAUGUAGAGACUCCUUCAGCGAAUCAGGAGAGGAUGAUGAACAAGGUGACAACUCCAUGAUGGCAGUAGAGAGUGAAACAGUUGAAUAUGACUCUAUCUUUGCCCUGAUGGCAAAAUCGGACGAUGAUGAAGAGGAUGAUGAGGGAGCAGUGAAAGGAAGCAGCCAAAAAUGGUACAUGGAUAGUGAAUGCUCUAAACACAUGACUGAAAGCACAAAUGAUUUCAUUUCACUCAAAGCCCCACAAUGA